AUGGAUAAGGACGUGUCUGAAAAGUUCGAGAAUCUAUGGGAUAAAUUUCCUGAUGAAUUGAAAAAUGGAGAAUAUGAAUUUAAAGAUAAUAAUUUCUUAGAUAGUUAUUGUUAUAAAAAUGAAUGUAAAGGUGAUCUCGAAAAAAUUAAUGCUGGAUGUUUAUUUUUGCUUAAUAAAUUCUUUGGGAGUUCUGGGCUUUCGAAUAAGACAAAAAAUAAUAUAAUUUUUGUUGAUUACAUUAUGAUAUGGUUAAUUUAUAUGUUAAGCCUAAAGGACAAUCCAAAUAAAAACAGUCUAAAACAUUUUUAUACUACAUAUAUAAAUAGUGAUUUAAAUUAUAAAAAUACUGUAGACUAUGUUGAAGGUUGUAAUAAUUUUAAGGAUAUUAUAGUAAAGAGACAUACUUUAACGAAUGAUGAUAUGGAUAAUAAGAUUAUAUCUGAAUUAUAUAAUGCAUUUAAAUUAUUAUGUGAAAUGUAUACUGAUUUUGAUGAAAACACGUCAAAUUGCGCAAAAUGUUCGGAAAAAGCUUUUCAAUUUGUUGAAAAUUAUAAAAAACUUAAUGAAUAUCCUAAUAAUACUAAUGGUAGUUCAUAUAAUAAAAUAUUAUCUACUUUAUCAACUGAUUAUGAUAACUUUAAAAUUUAUUGUGGUAAAAAAGGUGGUACAUGUAAUAAUUUUCCAUCCCUUCCACCUAUAAAAACAGAAGAAAAUGAUGCACUAAGUUCUGGACUAAUUUCUGAAGAUGCAUCAUCAAGCUUGUCGAUAACAAACAAAUUGUUUACAGUUUUAUCGAUAUUUGGUGCAAUAGCAUUUCUUUUAGGAGUUUCUUAUAAGUAUUCGUUAUUUGGAUUGCGGAAACGAUUUCAAAAACAAAAAUUAAGAGAAAAGCUAAAAAAUAUAAAGAAGAGAAUAAAUCAUUAA